AGUCAUUGGAGGUCACAUGUUUCCUGUCUAGCGUGGAGCUCCAGUCUGCAGCUAGACUACUUUGGUGCCAAUAGCUGCAGCUUUUGUAAAGUCAGUAGGCGCUUAAUGAUGAUGUCACACUCUGCGACCAGAGUCUGUAGCUGCUGUGUGUAAAUAUCACUGUGCCAUUCUUAUAGCUUCUAACACACACAAUGACAAUUGAUGACAAGAUGACUAGAUACAAGAUAAAGAUGGCUGAGCAGUUCUUAAACCAUGCCCUGGGCAUCAUCUACCUGCUGACGGGGGAGGAGUACACCAUAGUCAAGAAAUCGUACCCCCACAACAGCUUUAACCAGUUAACUGGAGAGGUGCCUAUAAAGUGUGAUGAUGUUGCAGUGUAUUUCUCUAUGGAGGAGUGGGAGUAUAUAGAGGGACACAAGGAGAAUUACAAGGACGUCAUGAUGGGAAAUCGCCAGACCCCCAGGACCAUAGACGUGUCUGCAGACAAGAGCUCAGGUCAGUGUGAUGUUGUAGCAGGUACGGGGUUAAUUGGUAAGGACGGAAAGGACCAGGGACUGGCACAAUCCCACGUGGACCAUUGGACCGGUUCCAACGAAGACCAAUCUUGUGUUGUAAUAAAAUACGAAGAAGAUGUAAAUGGUGUUUGUCAGCUGGAAAUGUCUGCUGAGCCCCGUGCAGAUGACUCUUUGAGCUGGAACAUCCCUGGAAACCAUGAAAGUACAGUUUCCUGUGUUAUGAUUUGUAGCGACAAUAACAACGUACCGCCAAUUCACCCAAGUGAUUCUGUAAAGAAAUAUAAUUUUAAUGAGUGUAAGUUACGAGAACAUCAACAACAAAGAGCUCACUCAUUAAUGAAACAAUUUGAUUAUAGUGAACACUCGCCAUUUGUUAGCCAUCAGAUGACUCUUACACACAAUAAACCAUUAGCGCCCUCUCUGGGUGGGCAUCAGUUUAGCAAUACAAUUAACCCACAUCCGAUGGCUCAUACAGUAGAAAAAAUAUGUUCGUGUUGUGAACUUAAGAAAUGUUUUACCCAACGACAGGACUUAUGUAGACAACCGAGCAUUCUGCCACCAAAGAAAGUGUUUUCAUGCUCUGAAUGUGGGAAGUGUUUUAACCGUAAAGCAUACCUGCGUACGCACCAGAAAAUUCACAAAGGAGAGAAACCAUUCUUAUGUUCUGAGUGUGGGAAAUUUUUUACCCGAAAAGACAACCUUAUUAAACAUCAGAAAAUUCACAAGGGUGAGAAACCAUUUCCAUGUCCAGAAUGCGGGAAAUGUUUUGCUCGACAAUCAGACCUUAUGACUCAUCAGAAAAUUCACAAAGGAGAGAAACCGUUUUUAUGUUCUGUGUGUGGCAAAUGCUUUACCCGUCAGUCUGAUGUAAAUAGGCAUCUUAGAAUUCAUAACGGAGAGAGGCCGUUUUCAUGUUCAAAAUGUGGUAAAUGCUUUACUCAGAAAUCCAACCUCAACAAGCACCUGAAAACUCAUACAGGCAUUUAAGUUUAUGGAAAGUAUGGUUUAUUGUGAUUAAUAACAAACAACUGUUUUUUUAUUGUGAUAACAUAUCAACAACCGCUGGUAUAUAGCGCCCUUGGCUUCUGGAUUCAGGUAUUCACGUCUUGGAUGUCUUCUGCACUUCUACCCGCUUCAGUUUAAGGUCUACACUAGUGGUUGUCCCAAUAUAUAAAUAAAUAUUUACUCCAAGAAAAUCUUUAAAAAAAAUAACACAAUCA